AUGAGUAGAAGAAGAGCGCAGCUUCUGAAAGAGUUACAGAACAAGAGAGCUUAUAAUGAUAAGUCUGAAGAGAAAAGUACCUUAGAAGAUACCAAUGAAUCUUUGGAGUCCUCUUAUGAGCGCAGAAAGAGACACAGCGAAGAAGUGGAUGAGGGUCUUCCAAUAAAAGUUGGUAAUCUUCUUCAGCGUGUUCCACGGAAGAAGUUGAAAGAAGACCAGACCAAAACACCCAAAUCGAAACUUGAAGCUUUAAUUUAUGAAAAACAAGUUGAAGCGGAUGUUGCGCCCCAUGAAAGAUUAAUGAACCUCAAAGAAGAAAUUGCCAGACACGCAACUCAGUUACAGGAUGACCCUGAAGAGAAUAGAAUAUCACUUACAGUGUUGUGCCGCUACGCUGACUCCGAAGAAUUUGCCAGCAGCAUGCUUGCAAUCGGAGCAUUGGUCCCUGUUUUUAAGUCGUUGGCACCAUCAUACAAAAUUAGGGAGUUGUCUGAGGUGGAGAAGAAAGAGAAGGUCAGUAAGGAAGUCGCACGGUUAAGAAAUUUCGAAGAGAUCUUUACAAAGAGUUACCAGUCAUUUUUAGGACGUCUAGAAAUUUUGUGCAGAAGGUAUAUCUCGAUGACUGAAUCAAAACACCAAGUUCUCUGGGGAUCUACAGCUAUCGAUGCCUCAUGUGAGUUAUGUGAAUCUUCCUUGAAGUAUUUUAAUUUCAACAGCGAGCUAUUUUCUAUCCCUAUUCGAGUUAUUGGUCAGAAAUCAAAAGAUCCAUCCUUUGGUGCUUUGCACACAAAAUGUAUACGCACCAUUGAAAACUUACUAAAAGACGAUAGUGAUCAUGGAUCGAUUUCAUUGGAAAUUACCAAACUAAUUUCUCUGAAAGUCAAAAAGCUGAAUUUUAGGGUUGACGAGUCGAUGCUUAACAUCUUAUUGAGCUUAUCUGUCUUGCAGGAUGUCAAUACCUUUCCAGCCUCCUUAGGAACGGGGAGGUCUUUGAAAACAAAGCGAGUUCACCUUUCAAAAAAAGAACGAAAGGCUUUGAGAGACACGAAAGCAAUAGAGGAAGAAAUGAGAAGGGCCGAGCAGGCGACUACUGCAAAAGAACGUGAACAAAACCAAAGCUUAAUUAUUCAGAAUAUACUCAAACUCUAUCUUGGCAUUCUCCAGAACAGUACGGAGAAUGGUAAUAAAGCUCGACACCUUGUUGGCUCAGUCUUGGAAGGACUCUCAAAAUUCGGGCCAAUGGCAAAUGUCGAGCUUGUGGGGGACUUCCUUGUGGUCUUAAAAGAAAUUAUGGGAACUGUUUUCAGUGAACAUUCCCUCGUGACCAGUGAAUGGGAAAUCGAAAAGACGGGCGCGAAGGGAUUGUACCAAUCUGAUGAAAUCAGGAUUUUGCUUUUAUGUAUCGCGACGGCAUUCGCGUUGAUAUCAAAUCAUACCGAGAGCGGGAAGCUUCCUUUUUCGGUUGAUCUAUCGUACUUUGUUGAUUAUUUGUACAAGAUUCUCGCUGAUGUGUCUUUAGAUCCAUUGUUAGAAUUAUCAAGCAAAUCAUUAAGACUUGCUGAUCCGUUGGAGGAAGCUCUGGGAGUGAAAAAAGUUGCUGUCAACGUCUCGACUCGUUCCGAGCUAUUACUAAGGUGUCUUGAUUUUGUUUUUUUUAGGUCGAAGAAUGGUUCAGUGACUCGCUCAAUGCUCUUCAUGAAGAGGAUAUAUUUACUAUGCUUACAAACCGCAGAGAAAACAACAAACGCUAAUUUGUUGUUUGUCAAAAAACUUUUGCAUCGAUACGGCGAUACAUUAAAGUCAUUGUGGUCCACCAAUGAUAGGAUAAGUUCUGAAUCCUAUUAUCUUGGCUACGAACACGAGUUCAUGGAAGUCUGCAUGGAGCGCACUAGUGCUUAUGGUGCUACCUUAUGGGAAAAUGUCUUACUUGAUUCACACUACAGCGUUACCACUCGUGAAUUGACGAAGUCAUUGAUGAAGAAGCAAUAA